AUCAGUUGUUAUUUGCCAGAAGACGAGAGAAGAAAUCCGAGAAAUAAUCGAGAGGAUAAAUGAAUCGUUUCAUAGUAUCCUUUUCGGCUUUGCUGCUUUUAUCUUCAACGAUAACAGCAAAGCCCUACGGAGCAACCCAUGCCUCCAAACCAGUUACCGAGAUCGGAGCAGACGGCUGCAAAGGAGGUUCCUCCUGCGGUCUAGGAAGUGGCGGUCUAGGAAGUGGCAGUCUAGGAAGUGGUGGUCACGGAGGUUCUGGUAGCAGUAGUUUUGCCAGUUCCUCAGCGCACAGUAGUGCUAGCUCUGGAAGCUUUGGUGGUGGAGGCGGUGGUUUUGGACCCGGAGGCGGAUUAGAAGGAGGAGGUGGUCAUGGAGGUCUCGGAUCUGGUGGUGGUUUAGGAUCCGGAGGUGGCCACGGAGGAGGUGGUGGUUUGGGAUCCGGAGGUGGCCACGGAGGAGGUGGUUUCGGAUCUGGUGGUUUAGGAUCCGGAGGAGGUCUCGGUGGUGGUCACGGUGGUGGUGAUGGAUUUGGAUCUGGAGGCCACGGAGGUCUUGGAUCUAGCGGUGGUCUUGGAUCUGGAGGCGGAGGAGGAAGUUAUGGAGGUGGCGGCAGUCACGGAGGAGGUCUUGGCUCCGGUGGUGGUUUAGGAUCCGGUGGCCUAGGUUCCGGAGGUGGACACGGUGGAGGUCUUAGUUCCGGAGGUGGUUUAGGAUCCGGUGGUCUUGGUCCCGGAGGUAGCCACGGCGGAGGUCUCAUCGGCGGUCCAGGAUUUGGAGGCGGCUCUGGUGGCCAUGGAGGCUCUGGAAGCAGUAGUUUUGCAAAUGCUGGAGCAACUUCUGGUGCUUAUACGAGUGGAGUGGGUGGCGGUCACGGAAAUGAUCUCGGAGGUGGCCUUGGAGGCGGCGGACACGGUGGAGGACUAGGAGGUGGCGGCCACGGAGGCGGUUUAGGCGGAGGCCUUGGAGGCGGCCACGGAGGUGGUUUAGGCGGAGGCCUCGGAGGUGGUCACGGUAGUGGUUUAGGCGGAGGCCUCGGAGGUAGCCACGGAGGCGGAUCAGGACUUGUUGGUGGAAGUCACGGAGGCUCCGGAGGUGGAUACGGAGGCGGAGGCCACGGUGGUUCCUCAGGAUUCGGCGGAGGCUUUGGCGGCGGUCCAGGGGGUGGCCACGGAGGAUUUGGUGGUGGACCUGGUGGUGGCCAUGGAGGCUUUGGUGGUGGACCUGGUGGUGGCCACGGAGGCUUUGGAGGUGGUCCUGGUGGUGGUCACGGAGGUUUUGGUGGCGCUGGUGGAGGAGCGUUUAGUAGUUCUCACGCCGGCGCUUUCGGCGGCGGACACGGAGGUGGAUUUAGUGGAAGCGGUAGCGAUGAAUUUGGAGGAAGUGCUGAAUUUCUAGGAGGACCUCACGGCGGCGGAGGACAUGGAGGUCACGGAGGUCAUGGUCACGGUCAUGGCGGUUUCCAUGGCCACGGUCAUAAGGGUCAUGGAUCAUAUGGACAUCACCGUUACUAAAGAUCCUUUGUGCUAGUCAUUUGCCACUUCAUCAACACCAAAUUUUCUCAUAAAACUAUAUUUUUAGUCGAC